UACUGUUUGUUUGCAACCAUAAAAGACGCAGACAAAGGGAGAAACAGACAGAAACAGAGAGUUUUAGUGAACUGAAUUGUUGCUUCUUUCAUCAUUCAAUAACCUCCUCCUCCUUCCUUAUCUUCAUCUCUAUCUCAGAUUCCAUUUUUACAAGUGAAAAACUCAAAUUCUGAGAAAGAAUUCAACAACAAAAAAAGAAACAAAAAAUGUUGUCGACAAAGUCCGAAUCCGAUAUCACAAGCCUAGCUCCAUCGUCGCCUUCGAGGUCUCCAAAACGUCCGGUAUACUAUGUCCAGAGUCCAUCCCGAGACUCUCACGACGGCGACAAGUCGUCGACGACGCAACCGAGUCCCAUGGAGUCACCUUCACACCCUUCCUCCGUCGGACGCCAUUCGAGGAACUCGUCGGCGAGCAGAUUCUCGGGGAUAUUCCGGUCGUCGUCCGGGAGGAAAGGUAGCCGGAAGAGGAAUGAUAAAGGGUGGCCUGAGUGUGGGGUGAUAAUGGAAGAAGGGUCGUAUGAUGAGUUUGAGGAUAAAGCCUUCACUAGGCGUUUCCAGGCCUUGAUUGCUCUUUUCACGUUUGUGGUUUUGUUCACGGUGUUCUGUUUGAUUAUUUGGGGUGCCAGUAGGCCUUACAAAGCUGAAAUCGUCGUCAGGAGCUUUGCAGUGCACAACGUUUUUGUUGGGGAAGGCUCAGAUUUCUCAGGGGUACCAACAAGAAUGCUGACCAUCAAUGGCACCUUGAAGAUGACUGUAUACAACCCAGCUACGAUUUUCGGCAUUCAUGUUAGUUCCGACCCUGUCUAUCUCGCGUACUCGGAGAUCAAUGUCGCUGCCGGUCAGUUGAAAUAUUAUCAGCCAAGGAAGAGCCGUAGGACUGUAUCAAUUGUGUUGGAAGGGGAAAAGGUGCCACUUUAUGGAGCUGGAUCCAGCUUAACGUUCACACAAAAUGGUGCUGCCGAAGUUCCGUUGAUGCUCAAGUUUGAAGUCCGGUCGAGAGGGAAUGUCGUCGGGAAACUCGUGAAAACGAGGCACCGGAAACAAAUUUCUUGCCCUCUGGUCAUUGAUUCCGUGAAAACCAAGCUCAUUAAGUUCAAGAAAGACGAAUGUUCGUACGAGUGAAAGCCUUUGUCGUCUCUUUGCCACUCUGCUAUUAAAUCUCCACGAUCGUUCGUCGAGAAUGUGUUCUGUUUCGCCCCCCCCCCCCGGGUUCCCUUUUCUUUGUAUCUUCUGUGAAGGGUGUAAAUGUUUGUUGUUUUGCUUAGUCUUUUGAGCUUCUUUUGAAUGAAAAAUAAAUAAAUGUAUAGACGACAUAAGAGGUUCUUCGUGGUUG